AUGGCUCGCCUCAUCAAGCAGCGUGACUUGGCCAACGCUACGCUUCAUGGACAUUCUAAGGAGGCAUUGAGUGGAUCUAUCCUCGAGGAAGCGCCUUUCCCGGAAGUAUUGGUUGCUAAGGCGUACAGCGCGGAUAGAAAGAAGCUUGAUCUUUUUGUCUAUAAUGGAAAAGAGACUGGAGUCUUUCAACUUGGGUUUGAGAGUUUGAUUCCUGGUCAGCAGUACUCUGUCAGCAGUGGAGGUUCAGUCGCAGCUAAUGGGGCCGGCAAGGCGUUCAUUGAUGCAGAGAUUAAUGGGAGAACUCAGAUCAUCCUGCAACCGAUCGAAUAG